UGACGCAAGACAACCAGCACACACUCCAUGCUCCAGACAUCUCUGCUGCGGUCUGUGGAGCAUGCGGCAAACCGGGCCAAGCAAGAGUACUCGGGGAUGACCCGUGCGCUGGCGGGGACAGCGAGCGAGGGACGGGCUGUGUCGUGGGCGUACCUCUCGGAACACUCGCGCGGUGGUCUCCAGGUCAUCACCGCCCUCGAGUAUGCUAUGUCCAAUGGUCUCUUCCCGACAAGCUCGUUGUGGUCUCCUCUGGAGGCCAUGCUGGUUAAUGGCGCUGCUGUCGAUGAUGCUGUGCUGGACGAUUUGUCUCAUGUCCAUGCCAAGCUCUCUCUCGUUGUCUCGCCCAUGGGCAAGGCCCGUGCCUGGCUCCGCCUCACCCUCAACAGCAGAUCGCUGGCCGGCGCCAUCAGAGCGCUCUUCAGUCCGAAUGCCUUUGAUGCCCUUCUCAUUCGUUCGCACUACCAGGAUGAUGCUCUCCUCCUCGACGAUGCCAUGCGCGGCGCGCUCUGCGACAUCCUUGAUCGCCUCGCUGAAGCCGUUACCUUCCGCUACACCGUUAAUGACUCGGCUCUUGACCGCGAAGAUGAUGCAGGCGCCUCGGACUUUCUCGUUGCGCCGGUCGUUGUCACCCACAAGCAACCGGUGUCUCCUCGAUCCGGUUCGGGCUCGGGCUCGGGCUCGCCGCAAUCCUCGGGCUCUGGCUCUGGCUCUGGCUCGAGCUCACACCGCCGCCGCCGUCGCCGUCGCCGCCGCCGCCACCGGAUCCGGAGCCGAUCCAACUCUCCGUCGCGUGAUGCGCUGCUCAAUACUGUCCUUGGUCGUAUCGAGCAAAAGCAGGAGGCGAGCGCGCUUCGCGAGGUUCGCGCGAUCAUGGACGCACAGGUCGCUGCCGGCGGAUCCGGUGACAACUGCGGGAGUGACUCCGGCAGUCGCGCCAGUAAGCAGUGCGAGCAGGGCGAGACUCCGGGCGACGUCUUUGUUCUUGUCGACGUCGCUGAGGGCUCGCCAGACCAGCCGCGCAUGGCCUACGCCUCGCUCACCGAUUCGGAUGACGACGGCGAAGCGGGCUCGGGCGGCCGCGGGUACACCUCGUCGUACGCCAAGCUCUUUUCGCAGUACCUUGCUGCCGCCCCGCACCUUCAGCUCCCGGACUCUGUGUUUGAGGUCGACGAGCCGCCCGUCUCGACCGAGCCGGCACCGGCCGCGCCCGCCCCUGCACUUGACUCCACCCCUGAUUCCGCUCCUGCACCCGCCCCACCCUCGCCGCAAGACGAGGCCCAGGGCUGGCUGGCGUGGGCGUGGACCGGAUCGGUGGGUAAGGCUGCGUCUGUCCUCGGUCAGCUGCCGGAGCUUGUGGGCGGGCGCAAGCCGGCAACGCCCGCGGCGGUCAGUGAGGUCCUUGUCGGGCCGGACGAUGUGGCUGUGGACGAGCUACUCGCGCUUGUGGGCCGUGCGCGGCCGGAUGACGGCCCGUUCACGACAAUAGUGACGACCCGGCAGGGCGCAGUGUCAGUGGCGCUUGCGCGGGAGCAGGGGCUCGACGCGCAGGGCUUUGCCUGCGUCUUUUGCGCCGCCGACAUUGAUGCCGACAGCUCGCGGGUGUGCAGCUACACCGGCGGGCGGUACUGCACCCAGUGCCACCCGGGAACGACUUCGUACCUGGUGCCCGGACAUGCGGUCCGCAACUGGGACCUCUCACCGGCACCGGUUGCCGCCGACUCGUUCGAGUUUCUAUCGUCGGUCGCGCGGAUUCCGUGCAUUCCACUGGCGGUCGUCAACCCGCACCUCGUCGCCCGCGUUGUCGACAUCCGUCUUGUUCUUGCUCUACAGGCCCAGCUCGCCAUCCUCGGCCAGUACGCGCGCGCCUGCCAUGAAUGGAACCAGCUGCGGCAGCUCGUCUGGCCGCACGAGUACCUGAUGGACUCACCGGGCGUCUUUUCGCUGCAGGACAUCUCGGCGAUUGCAUCGGGCCUCCUCCGCGACCGACUCCAGCGCAUGGUCCUCGCCUUUGCUCAGCACGUCCUCGUCGACUGCGACGUCUGCCCCUAUCGCGGCCACAUUUGCGAGCUGUGCGCAGAGCCGUCGCCCAUUCACGCCUUUCAGCUCAAGGAGGUGAGCGCGUGCGGCGCGUGCGGCGCUGUCUUUCACCGCGAAUGUGCCAGCGGCCGGCGGGCCUCGAACGCGGCCGUUGACGAUGACGACGGAUCGGCAUCGGAUGCAACGGAUGCGUCAGCGUCGGUUGCCAGUGGGUCUAUCGGUGCCAUCGCGGGCUGCCCGCGCUGCGCGAGGUUUGCCGCACGGGCGGCAAGCCGACGUGACAGCGGCAGCUCGGGCAGCAGCGGACCGCACUAGCGAUGCCGUGGCGUUUACUGGAAGGCCAGGUCGGCUACUGACGCGGCUCAAAGACCUUGGCGACAGCGUUCUUAAAGGCCUCGACGUUGUAGUCGAUGAGGCCGUGCUUCUCGUACUUGUCCUCACGGAGGAGGGCGACGAGGGCGAGGUAGCGGGUGACCUCCUUC